AAGGAAUACGUUGUAGACAAGUCCUAUGAUCCUGAAAAGGAGGGCGAUUUUAUGGAGGCGUUCGUGAAAAACUUGAUCCAUAUUGAAGAGCAUAAUCGUGAGCAUCGUUUGGGCAAAAGAACAUUCGAGAUGGGAUUGAAUCAUCUAGCUGAUCUUCCGUUCUCAGAAUACCGUAAGCUAAACGGUUACAUUCAUCGUCGAUCAUUCGGUGAUUCCAUGCAGAAAAAUGGGACAAAGUUUUUGAUCCCUUUCAACGUUAAGGUGCCAGAUACAGUGGAUUGGCGUGAACAUAACCUUGUUACUCCAGUGAAAAACCAAGGAAUGUGUGGUUCUUGCUGGGCUUUCUCUUCCACUGGAGCUCUUGAAGGACAACACUUUCGUGCUUCUGGAAAACUAGUCUCAUUGUCUGAGCAAAACUUGGUGGACUGUUCAACAAAAUUCGGCAAUCACGGGUGUAACGGGGGUCUCAUGGACUUCGCUUUCGAAUACAUUAAGGAAAACCACGGCAUAGACACUGAAGAAAGCUAUCCUUAUGUUGGAAGACAAAUGAAAUGUCGCUUCAAAAAGAGUGACAUUGGAGCUGACGACAAGGGAUUCGUAGAUCUUCCUGAAGGAGACGAAGAGGCCUUGAAGGUCGCUGUUGCCACCCAAGGUCCCAUUUCUGUUGCCAUUGAUGCUGGUCAUCGAACAUUUCAGCUAUACAAAAAGGGUGUCUAUUACGACAAAAAUUGUUCGUCCGAGGAACUAGAUCAUGGUGUUCUUCUCGUCGGUUACGGCACAGAUCCUGAAGCUGGCGAUUACUGGCUUAUUAAGAACAGCUGGGGAACUCAGUGGGGAGAGCACGGCUACAUCCGUAUUGCUCGUAAUCGCGACAAUCACUGUGGUGUAGCUUCGAAGGCCAGUUAUCCUCUUGUUUAG